CUGAACGCACCACAACAGCCCAGUCAGUCAGGAGCUGAGAGAGAGAAGAGAGAGAAGAGAGCAAGAUGCAGACUAUAAAGUGUGUGGUGGUCGGCGACGGUGCCGUGGGGAAAACAUGCCUCCUCAUCUCCUACACCACCAACAAGUUCCCCUCCGAAUACGUUCCCACGGUGUUUGAUAACUAUGCAGUGACAGUGAUGAUCGGAGGCGAGCCGUACACUCUGGGACUGUUUGACACUGCAGGUCAGGAGGACUACGACAGGCUGCGACCCCUCAGCUACCCUCAGACCGACGUCUUCCUCGUCUGUUUCUCCUGCGUGUCGCCUUCCUCCUUCGAGAACGUCAGAGAGAAGUGGGUGCCGGAGAUCCACCACUGCCCGCGGACGCCCUUCCUGCUGGUGGGGACUCAGGUGGAUCUGAGAGACGACAGCAACACUCUGGAGAAGUUGGCCAAGAACAAACAGCGAGCUCUGACAUGUGAGAGCGGAGAGAAGCUGGCUCGAGAGCUCAAAGCUGUUAAAUACGUGGAGUGUUCUGCUCUGACACAGAGAGGUUUGAAGAACGUGUUUGACGAGGCGAUCCUGGCAGCUCUGGAGCCUCCAGACACCAAACCCAAGAAGCGCUGCAUCCUGCUAUAGACGCCACAACACGACGACGACGAUGACAAGGAGGAGGAAGAGGAAGUGGAAGUGG